UUGAAAACUCUUUCAAUACAAUCUUAUUCAUUUGGUGAUAAAAAAGCUGAAUUGAGCUUAAAAUACAAAAUCUGUAGCUUUUUAACGACAAAUCAAUAUUUAAUAGUGUCUAAUAACAUCAAUCACCAUGAAAGGACAAAACAAAUCAUGGAAAAGUUAUUCAUCAUGUGUCAACUUUAACCAUUGUUUAUUAACAUUUUUGGUCGUUAUUUCAUGUGUCAAUUAUUCCCAUGGUUUUUGGGAUUGGGUGCCUUUCUGGUCAUCAGAAGAGGAUGCUCGGCCAACUGUGAUUUGUGAUGCCGAUGAGUUUAGUUGCGACUCGAAAAGGUUGUGUAUUAAAACGGAUUCGCUUUGUGAUGGAGUCGAUGAUUGUGAUGACAAAUCAGAUGAGCUUCCAUGUGCAAUAGCAGGUAUUUUUCCUGACCAUUUAGGUUGUAACAAAGGCGAAUGCCCUCGAUCAUACAAACGAGACCCAAUCCCACCUCUAUGUGCUGUUGUUAACAAUAUUACCUGUGAAUAUUAUAUUAAUAUAACCUGUGUGAAUAAAUUAUGGGACUUUAACCCAUACAGAUACGUCUUGCAAAAUCUCAUAAUUUAUCCAGAAUGUAGAAAUCACUGGACAAAUGUACCUUUGAUCGUCUUUUCAACACUGAAUACCUUGCAUCAGACUAUUUUACCAGAAGAUCGUUCAAAAAUACAUGUAAACAAGAUGCGUCAAUUGAAUUUGAGUGGAAUAAGUGCUUUUGAUUACGAUAGUUUCAACAAUGCUGUAAUUUGGUUAGAUAAGAGUGAAAAUAAGAUAUUUGUGGCACGAUUUAACGUUUUUUCAGAUUGUUACCUUUUUAAAGGAUUAAAUGAGAUGAAAAUCCAUGAGCGUCAAGUAGCUGUUAAUGGGACACAUAAAAUUCAUGUAUUCGCUUAUGAUUCGUUGAACAAAGUUAUAUUCUGGAUUGAUGACUAUGGAAUCAGAUCACAAAAUUUGCUUAAAAUGUUCCGUAAGACACAACCAAUUGAACAGCAACCUAAACUUCUGCGUACUUUGGAUCCUUCUUAUGAAAGACCUGGAUCUAUCACUAUCGAUGUGAAGAAACAGUGCAUCUUUUGGAUGAAUAUUCCUGUCAAUCCAGAAGUUCAACUUGCUACUCCUAAGUUCAUCGAGCGAAUCGAUAUAAGUGGUGAACCGAAAACCGAAAAAAUAGUCAAAGGCGAGUUCGAACAUUGGGAUCUAUACCCGGUUGGCUUAGCCAUUGACACUAAAAACACCAAAGUCUAUUGGAUUGAUGGUUUCGGAGGUACGGUAAACUCGGUUGGAUAUGAUGGAACCAAUCGUACCAUUUUGUAUGAAGAUUUGUACACAACGUCUGAAGUUAUAUCAAUGGACAUAUUUUCAAAUUAUUUGUACUUCACUGAUGCGCGGCGAAGUAUUAAUAAAAUCCAUCGUAUCAAUAUAAACAAUGCAGUCAGUAAAGUUGAUACUUUGGUAUCUGUACCUAAUGGCCCACCUACAUGGGUUAAAAUAAUUGACCCGAGAGUACAAUAUACGAACUUUCCUCCCAUUCUAAAGGGUGAAGCAAAAGUAGGGUCACAAAUUAGUGAUCGGUUUAUCUUGCCUAAAUUUUGAGCUUUAUGUUUAGCCGAAUAUUCGAAAAGGUCAACAACUCCUAGACAAAUGUGUGAUUUCACCAAAAUACGGACUAAUAUAUCGAAAAAAAUUGCCGAAAGCUCCGGCAAAAAUCUUAUGGUCGACUUGAAGAAAAAAUUACGUAAAGUAUCGAGAGAUGGGCCAUUUUCAAUAAUUAAAUAACCAACUUGUAGCUUGAUUUCAGCAAUAUCAUUCGUUUAAAAUCCAUCGAAUUGCCUGUUUUUAUUAUCUAAUUAUUAAAUCUCAAAGUUUGUGGCCCUACUUUUGUUCCACCCUUUAGAAUUAUCGAAGUAUAAAAGUGUCCGAAUUUCUUCAUUUAAAUUGUAAUGACCUUUCUUUUCCCUGUUCAAAGGAAUUUGAUUCAUGUAUUUAAGAGACUAAUUAAAAAUGGAAUUUAUUGCUCAAA